AUGCUUUUUUCCAAGCUCUCAGUCAUUGCUGUAUACGCAGCUACAUUCGCCUUUGCCCAGACCUCGACGUUCGAAGAGGACUUCAAUGCUAUAAGUUCGGAUCUUAGUGCUCUUAAAACCACCAUCGAUGCUUUUACGGGUACCCCAGCAGAGGCCUUAGCGGUUAGCUCUGCAGCUUCUACUUUGCAAACCGGCUAUGAGACAGCUCUCGCCGAUACAAAUGCCGCCACAGACCUUGAGAGUCAGAGUGUGACCGUCGCAGCAGCAGUUCAAUCGCUGGUUACGCCUCACGCGGACGGUCUAGCCGCUUUAAUUGCAAAGGAGUCACUUUUCGAGGCUGGCGGGUACAAGUCGUUGGUUCUUGCCCAAGUGCAGGAGCUUUCAAAUGCUAGCUCACAGCUGUUAGCUGCGCUUGAUGCUAAGAUAUCAGCCGAUAUUAGCAGCUCAGCGUCGGCCAUUGCGGGUUCUUACGCUGCUGCCAUUGCCGCUUUCUCUUAG